GAUUGAGGCAUUGAUCGAGACAUUUUGGAAAAUGAGUGCCAAUUUUGAUGUCAACGCGCAGUGGUAUUAAUCGUAAAAUCAUAUAUUAAAACUGAAUUUGCUCUUAAAAGGAGAAUUAACAAAUUAUUGAAGAAUAAUUUUUAUUUUAUAGAUAUUUUAGUAUAUUUUAUACUCGAAAAAUUAUUAAUUGUUAGUUGUUAAUGUUAAUGUCAUGGGUAAAUCAGAAGAACUGUGUUUUGUUUUCCGUGAGUAGAGCUCGAAACUUCCGGGUUUCCUCCUUCUUCAUGCGGACAAGCUUCGGGGAGAAAUUCCGAAGAGCUUUGUCAAAGUGCAUCAGCGCCAGCUCACGCUUCCGAUCACCCAUCCUUCAUUUCUCGAUUUUUGCGGCUGCUCGCUCACGCUCGACAGACUCUAUUGUCGCCUAAGCUAUGACUGAUAGAGGAUGGACACAAACUUUAAGAGAGAGUCCUGAUUGGCUAAUAUGAGGAGUAAAUCGCAUCAAUAUGUAUCUGUUUUAUUGAACCGUGAUAAUGCAGCCAGUGAUUUGUAAAUUUCUCUACUUGAUCUCGAGGGUACUGACAUUAUUAUCUACGGAUUGUACAUCGACGGACACCCGAAUUGGUCGGUUCACGUAUCUUUCAGACACCCGCUGGAUCGUUUUAGCAGCGGCGAACAUACAAAUUACAGUAGGUGUUUGAAACUUGCCUUUGGCGCUGAACUCCUCUUAACUCUUGUUGAGUUGAUAAAUCUCAGGCAAAAUCUACACUGUUCUGCUUUUUUUUGCUUCUGCACUUCAAUAUCAUCAAGUCGAUUUGAGAGACAAAGCUAGCUCAUGGCCUGACUGCAUUGACAAUUCCAAGAAAUGGAAAUUGGAAGUGAACUGAUGAUGGAUAAAUAGCUCUAAGAAACUGAAAGGAGAUAUAUAUUUUCCAUAUUUUUUGUCAACCGGGCUUUAUUUACUUCCAGCCAAUCCCUCAGGAUGUACUUAACAUGACCAAGAUGUCGUUGACCGGUCUCUUCAGGCAAGACCCUCGCAUACCAGCCAAAACCGAGGGCGCCGUGGUACGGGAGUGCAUCUUCAAUGAACUUGAGAGCCAGAUGAAGGAGGUACAGCAUCAGCAGUGGCAACACGAUCAGGACGAGAAACAGCGGAAGCAGACGGUGGACUAUAGCUGGCUCGUCAGCACCCAACCUAAGUAUUACAUCAUCCCGCAGCUUCAGCAGCUUGAACUAGAGGACCUCUGUAGCAAGGUCAAGGCUUGCGAAACGGGGAGGAUCAUCUCGCGCUUCAGGGAACUGCUCACGCGGCGGCCAGACGUCAAGGAGGUGCCGGCCAUCCUCAAGGCCAUCAUCGUCCAGGUGCUGCAGGAACGUCCUCCAGAGGAAACAAUCACAGACUGGAUGUGGAAAAAGACAAAUAACCUGACGAAAGUCAAGCAAAACAUUCGGGUACAUCCGUUGGCAAGCGUCUCGGAGCAGGUGGACAGACAGUACGCUCACACUAGAAGUCGUAGAGCCAUCAGUGUUCCAGAGUUUGGGAAUAGUGCAACACUUAGGAGUAGAUCGUUACCAGAAUUCUGUGCCAACAUGGAUAGUUUACCAGUAUAGUAAUGAAUGAUGUACCUGAGUGUGCUAUCUUCUAUUGUAUUCUUUAUGUUUGGGUUUUGAUAACAUGUUGGUGUGUGACUAUUUUUUUCCUCAAGAAUAUUAUGUCCCCUUCUUCAGGACAUGAUAUUCCCUCUCAUCACUUUAUUUACUUUAAGUUACGUACUCUAACAGGUAUUUCCCCUUCUCAUUCUUACUACUCCAUCAACUACCAAAGUCAGACCAAUAUCAUAAUCAGUAUUCAUCAAAAUAUUUGUGUUGUAGCGAUGCCUGCAUGAUGAGAAAUCACUUUUAAAGCUGGUUUGAUGAGAGCAGAUGACAGGCGAAAGAUGAUGCAUAGAUCUCCAUCAGUAUAGCCCAAUCAAUCAGGCUUCGUCAGCCUCAUAUUAUUCCGCCCCGGUGCAUUGAGGGGUUAUUUCCAUUUAAAAUGAGGAUGAUGAUCAGUGACCUAAAAAACACAAACUAGGGGAUUGCAUUUUGUUUCAUUCCAUUUAAUUGGUGGGUCGAGGGGGUAUAUUCAUAAAUGCUUGAUCAGUAGUGAUCACAGGCAAUCCGUUCAAUCUACGCUACCAUUCAUUCUUUGACCUGUAUGUUAGUAGGGGCCGUUUCAUGAAGCUAGUUGUAAAGCUAUACCUUCAACUGUAUGCAUGAACUAUACAAACUAAUGAAAUACAUUUAUGGUAAGCCAGGCAUGUGUCAUAUUUUAAUUGCGUUAGUUUUAAUUAAAAUGUGCAGAUAUUUAUUAACAAUUCAACUGGAAGUCGACACAUUUGCAGCUCAAAUUAUGUUUUGCCAUAACAUUUGAAUCAAACUAUAUGAUAUAAUAGUCGCAGUUUUCUCAUGGAAAGCUUUGGGCUUAAACUUUGGCGCUUCUUAUUUCAGUCAAUCGUUCAGAUAGUCAUGCAUAACUUUAUGAUCAGCUUUGUGAAGCGGUUUCAUUUGCUCGGGCGAUAAUUGCUCCGCUGUAAAUUCCACUCACUAACGGAAUUAUCAAGUUCAACCCUUGAUUUUCCACUGUUCCCUUUCCUAGACCUAACAUAAAACACUUUUGCAGCUCUAACAAAAUAAAGCCCGGAGCAAUUGUCACAUGGUAAAACAGCCUUCCCCCUCCCUUCCCUGGACUGAUUUUUUUUAAAUGUAUUCAUUGUAUGCUACCUUUCCACUUCCAUCAGCUAUUGUUUUGGAAAAUGGCAGUGAGAUCAAUUGAAUAGUAGUCAUAGACAAAAUCAGAUGAGACCAAGUGGCUAUUUAUCAAUUGAAAGGGAGAUCUGCAUUUUACCAUUAAUUUUACUCAGGUCAAGCAAAAGAGCUUCCUGUUUUGAGAAAAUAAUUAUUUAAAAUCAUCAAAUGAACAGUUCAUGUAGCUAUCUUUCCAGGUACAAUUGCAAAGAAAUAUUGCAUUAUUUAUGAUUGAUGUAUGAUACUUGGAAUCCAUGUCUUGUUGCUAUGUCGAUCUGGCAAGCUCUAAUGCUAUCGAGGACAACAAUGACUGUUUAAAAAUCAUGUAUGAAAUUGAAUAUAAUUUAAUAACUUAAAUAACUUAAUGAAUGUCUGCUGUAUUCAUGUGCUAUAUUUGAUUGAAGUCAUAUCCAGACAUUUUACCAUCAAUGCAGCAUGGAGGUCAAGACCAACCCAACAAAAAGUGGAUUUGUAUCAAGAGAGAAAAAAUUGACCAGAGUAGCACUAGCUCUGAUAAUUUCAAUAAAAUUUGGAUGAAGCCCCCGCCUGCCCCCAUUUUUUCAGUAUACAAAAAGAGCAUGAAAAUUACUAUCAAACAGAUUUACGCAUGCUCAGCACUACUGGUAAAUCAAUCCUGAUAACAGAAAGAUUAUUCAGUAGUAAAAACAAAACAUUACCUGUAGGCCAAUGUGUUAUUUGAUUUAUGACAUGAAUUGUGUGUAAUUGGUUUUAUCAUGACAAAUGGUGAUAAAAUAAUAUAGAAUGAAAAGAAAUGUCUACAUUUACUUGUAUAAAGAAAACAAUAUACCUAAUCCCAUGUUGUGAAAGUGUUAUUCAUUGUGGAGUCCCUGUUUCUUGUAGCCUACUUGUUAAUUUCAAGUUAUACAAGUAUGCUGUUGUUAUAAGCUACUGAAAUUAAGGCUUCUGGUUGGCUGAAAUAAUUUAUUACAUUGUUCUUCAUUUUUUGAUAAAAUUAAAAAGUUUUAUAAAAUGACCCGAUGAGUGAGAAAUAGGACUGAUAAGGUUACAAAGUAAUUCAAAUUUAGGGAUCUUUUUUUUUUUACUGAUUGCUUUGUAACAAAAUGUCUUUUAUUCAUCAACUGGUAAGAAAAUAAAUUCAAAACUUUGGCUCAAAGGUGAAGUUCAACCUGAUGAUAAGGUGUUUUAAAUAAAAGCAGAAAACAGAGUGAAGAAUAGCGGUAACGGAGAGGGUUAAAAAAAAGUCUCUCAAAUAAGAGAGUUAUGAAUUUUGAAAGAUUUGAAUUUAUGACAUCAUGGCCCCGUCUUACAAAGAGUUACGAUUGAUCGAAUCAAUCUCAAGUAUAUGGAAAUCCAUCAAUGUCAUAAUUUUUUCUUCAGGAAAUUUGCUCAAUGUCCUUUGAAAACAAAGAGAAGCAUACUGAAUUGUCAGGAAAAAACAGUGAAUGUAUGAAUAUAUGUAAUUUCU